CCUUUUUGCGGGGAGUAAAUAAGGAGCUUUUUAUUUUUAUAUUUUCUAACUUAAAAUAUUAAAUAAAUAAAUCUCGGUGAAAAGAUAGAUAUUUAUUUUUUAAAUCUUUCCGCCGCACUGCUUGUAGAUAUUUAUUUAUAUAAAUCUUUCUACCAGAGUAUUUAUUUAAUAUUUUAAGUUAAAAAAUAUAAAAAAAACUCAGUAAAUGAGUUUAUCGGCCCAAUGUCUCCUGGCCCCACACGUCGCCACCCUCCGAGUUUCGGCACCACCACGGACCACCCCCUGCUCCUACGAAACCGGCGGCGAAACGCGCGCGAUGGCUCCAUUUCCGUCGUCCCUUCCCUCUCCCGUUCCCAAUCGGAGUGCGGAGCUGUUUGGAUCGUAUCCGUCGAGGGAAGCAUGGUUGGCACGGUAAAGGUCCACAAUGUCUCACUUAAAGCAUCAGACCAAGAUAUUAGGGAGUUCUUUUCGUUUUCUGGUGAUAUAGUACAUGUCGAAAUGCAAAGUGGUGAUGAGCGGUCUCAAUUUGCCUACAUCACGUUCAGAGAUAACCAUGGGGCAGAGAGGGCGAUGCUUCUUACGGGUGCGACUAUAGUGGAUAUGGCUGUCAUCAUCACACCAGCCACUGAUUACCAGCUGCCAGCGGCUGUUUUAGCUGAAUUAGAGUCCAGAAAUACUGGUGGCAUGGAAUCUGCCCUUCGGAAGGCUGAGGAUGCUGUCGGUUCUAUGCUGGCCAAAGGAUUUGUUCUUGGCAUGGAUGCCCUUGAAAAAGCCAAGUCUUUUGAUGAAAAGCAUCAGCUCACAUCGACUGCAACCGCCAAAGUCUCUUCCCUUGACAAGAGUAUGGGUCUAAGCCAGAAGUUCAGCACCGGUACAUUAGUGGUAAAUGAGAAAAUGAAGGAAAUGGAUGAGAAAUACCAGGUUGCAGAGAAGACCAAGUCAGCAUUAGCUGCUGCUGAACAGACUGUCACUACUGCUGGUUCUGCCAUCAUGAGUAACAGAUAUGUCCUUACAGGGGCGGCGUGGGUAACUGGUGCAUACAACAAGGUUGCAACCCCCGCAACUGAUGUCGGCGUGAAGGCAAAGGAAAGGAUGGUGGCUCAGCAGGAGGAAGAGCAUCAGGAUGGUGAACUCGCAAAGACUCAUUUGCCUGAAAGCUCUGAAGCGGCUGAGCAAGAGUGCAAGGAUCAGGAAGGUGAUUCUGUGAAGAACUUUGUUCUGGAAAGUCCUGAAAUGGCUCAGCAGGAGAGCGAGCAUCAAGAGGGUGGAGGCCAAAUUACUGACAGGCCAGAAAACAUUGAAAUGGUUAAACAGGAUCAAAGAAAUCAGGAGGGUGAAAUCGCAAUAUCCCAUGUGCAAGAAAAUGUUGAAAUAGCUGAGAAGGAGCCUAAGCACCAUGAGACUGAAUCAUUGAAGGCCCAUAUUUCAGACAUCCUUCUAAUAGCUGAGCAAACUGAGCAGGAGCACAAGCACCUAGAUGGUGAAUUUGCAAAGGACCAUGUCCCUGGAAGCCCUGUGACUAUUCCUGUCACUGUGGCCACUAUUGAUGGGAAUUCUAGCAAUACUCCCGAGAAGCCCGAGUCUGCCCAGGGAUUUGUGUGAUACGUGAAUGUAAAUACAGAUUGCGAGGGCAAUAAUAGUUUAUUCGGCUCUUACUGUUGAAUUCAUCAUCCUUCAUACAUCCUUCAAAGUUGUUUUUUAAGCACAAGAGGUUAUAGGAUUGUAGUAACCAUUGUGGAUAUAUAUUUCCAUGAAGCUGCAACAUAAGUGGUCUUCUGUAGUUCUUUUCUUUUGUGAUGAAUUGUUUUAGCAUUUGUACAUGGAAGUCUGCCUGAACCUCUAUAUAUUUGAACCUUGUUCUGACAGUUGUUUAUUGUUGAAA